AUGGAGAUGCACAGCAAUUGGAAUUUUCAAUGUCAGAAGAGCUUACUAUUUGCAGGGGAAAUUCAAGAAAUGAAGAAGGGGCAAAGUUCACAAACUCUCAAAAAACAUGAAGAGUGGACCAGAAUAUGGAAUCUAGACAUUCCUCCAGCCACAGAGAACUUUUUGUGGAGAGCUUGUCUUAAUAUUCUUCCUACUAUAUUCAAUCUUUGCAAAAAGGAGAUAUUGACUGAUAAAAACUGCCCGAUGUGCCUAAGGGAACCAGAAACCAUUGAACACAUACUAUGGGAAUGCAUUUAUGCAGUAGACAUUAUGCGGAGAAGUUCAAAGAAUAUCCAAAAGACUAAGGCUUCUUCCCAUAGUGUGAAGGUACUAAUGGCAGACAUGUUCAACAAGCUACAAAAGAGUGAAAUGGAAGAACUGGCAUUAAUUUUCUGGAACCUGUGGUGGAGAAGAAAUCAACAUGUUUUCAACAACAUCCUUAUUGAUCCUAACACAGUUCUACAUAGAGUUAAUCAAAUGCAACAUGAUACUACAGGGUUACAAUUCAGAACAAUCAACCAGGCUCAAAGCAACAUAGCUAGAACUGGCACUUCGGAAAAUCCUCCACCACGUUGUUGCAAAAUAAAUUGGGAUGUGGCAGUUGAUAGAAAUCAUUACAAGAUUGGUAUUGGGAUUGCAAUCAGAGAUGAGGAAGGAAAUCACUUGGCUAUCAUGAGGAAGAAUUCAAUCCUAUGUCCUGAUCCUUUAAUAGUAAAAGCAACAGGAGCACUAAUAACAACAAAUUUUGGAAUUGAUCUGGGAAUGAGAAAUGUCAUAUUAAAGGGUGAUUACAAAAAGGUAGUUAUGGAUAUCCAAAAACAAGUAGCAAAUGACAGGUACUUUGGGAUGAUCAUCUCAGAAAUUAGAUCAAGGAUCAAGUGUUUUGAUAUUUGUGUUACUAAACAUGUUAUAGAGAAGGCAAUGUAA